GCGUAUUCCCCGGGUUCCCGUCAACCGUAUGUUCUACUUGAACCCGAAUUGGACUGUUUUCGAGAAAUACACUCAUUUGCAAAUCAAUUUGGACCGGACUGUGCCUAUCUGUGUGAAAUCUUCGAGAAAUACACUCAUUUGCAAAUCGAUUUGAUUUUCACGAGAGACUCAACUGAAACUCUCGUAUAUAAUAAUCUACAGCCGAAAGUGCUGCACACAGGCCGUCUCAUGUUUCACUUGGCGCGAUAUUCGAGAUAUCGCAGUAUAUUUUCCCAAAGGAAUCUACUCAUAAGGUUGCUGAAAACUCUUCGACAGCCCACCCCCUCCUGGAGCUCAUCAGGGAGGCGCAGUCCUCGAGUUUCCGUUAUGUUCUACUUGACGUUUUAUUUUUUACGAGCUAUGGUCCGUCCUGAUUGGCGGGUCAGUCGAUCGUCACAACCAGGACAGUUACUGGGUCGUCGUUCGAUGUGUCGGGCACACCAAUCACAUCGCUCAAGUGUGAACGCGUUUGCCUGUUCAGAAGUGACAUUUCAGAUGCGUCCAACGUGCGUUAGUGGAGUAGUGGUUACACGCUCGCACCGCAUGUCAGAUGUCCGGGGUUCAAAUCCUGGCACGGGGAUUGGAUACGCACUGCUACGUAACCUGAGUCAAGUGCUUCCCCUUGGUGUGGAUGGACUCACCGGAAUAAUUACGCCAGAACAUGAACACGGCCGUUCACGCGAGAGUGGUGUGACUAUGAACCGCAAAACUACUUUACAAGUACGGUGGGCGCGGUCCUCGAGUUUCCGUCAACCUUAUGUUCUACUUGAACCCAAAUUGAGCAAAUACACUCAUUUGCAAAUCAAUUUGGUUUUAACCGGAGAAUUUUUCUUGUUUAUGAUGUUCCUGAACUGA